AUGAGUAGCGUUCGUCUUUCAUUACUUUGUCUAUUUGUUGUUAUUUAUCCAAUUCAAUCGAGUAAUCCAAAUUGUAAAAGUAAUUACAAUACAAAUCCAAUUGUACGACAUGAACCUACUUUUGUAAGUUCUGUACCAAAUGAAAAACGUUUUGUUGUUGAAUCAGGUUAUAAUAAAAUAAAUAUUGUUCAUGUCUAUGGUGGUACACCAUAUGAUCCGGGUUAUGCAUUAGGUUCACUAAUGAGUAAAGAAUUAAAUGAACUUAUUCCUAAAUAUUUUGCUUAUUUGGAUAAAACAAUUGAAGAUGAAUUGACAAAAACUUCCACCACACUUGAUUGGGAUGAUAAAGCCUUUCUUGCUAAAUAUGCUAAAGUAACUGUCUAUUAUUCAAAUGCAUCAUAUGAAGGUUAUACAAAUCAUUUUCAUGAAUAUUAUAAACAACAAAAUUAUGCAUCACAUGCAUUUGCUAAUUUUGGUUAUCUCGAUCUUAUCGGAUCAAUUGGUGCAUAUAGUGGAACUUCAAUUGGUUCAGAUGAAAAAGUAUGGAUUACAAAAGAACAAAAUAUAACAACACGCUUUGGAAAAUGUUCUUCGUGA